CCACCCCACCAGGCCGCGUGACAGAGCAAAAAAAACCCAAAGAGGGCGGCAGCCAGCAGAGCGCGACUUCGACUCAUCCGUUCGCACGGUUCCCCUUCCCGUUCCACAACCCUCGAGAAGCUUCCGCCCUCCCCUCCCGCGCCGCCGCCGCCACCGCCACCGCCGCCGCAGCCAGGGCCGCGGAAACCCUAGCCACCUCCGGCCCUCCGCGCACCGGGCGCCCCGCCGCCGUCGUACCUGCCGCCGGCACCGCCGAAGCGAUCGGAUCUCGAGACCGUCAGGAGCCACGAUGGAGGACUGGGAUUCUGAAGAUUUCCAGCCAGUUGCCCCUGUUGUGAAAGCUGAGCCACUUAAAAAUCAGUGGGCUGAUGAAGAUGUUGAAGAAGAUGAUGUAAAAGAAUCGUGGGAAGAAGAGGAGGAGGAGAAACCAAAGCCAGCGCCUGUGGAAAAGGCUGCGGCGAAACCUAGCACUAAGGCUCCUGCUAAAAAGGGAAAACAGCAAGCAUCAACAAGUGCUGCAGAACCAGAUGAGCCCCCUCUUAGUCCCACUUCAGAGAAAAUUCGCCAACAAAGGCUUGUGGAAGAAGCUGACUUCAAGUCAACCACAGAACUUUUUGCAAAGAAGGGUGGUGAGCAAAAGUCACUAGAUACUUUUAUCCCGAAGUCCGAGAGUGACUUUGCAGAAUAUGCGGAGCUUAUUGCAAAUAAACUGCGCCCCUAUGAGAAAAGCUUUCACUAUAUGGCUCUCCUUAAGAAUGUCAUGAGACUUUCCAUGACAUCGUUGAAAGGUGCGGACGCAAAAGAAAUAUCUUCAUCCGUGACAGCAAUUGCUAACGAGAAGAUCAAGGCUGAGAAAGAGGCUGCAGCAGGCAAAAAGAAACAAGGAGCGAAAAAGAAGCAACUCCACAUCGAGAAAGGAGAUGACGACUUCAUCCCCGGACGGGGUGGUGGCUAUGAUGAUCCGGACGAGUACGACUUCAUGUGAUUUUGCUGGAAGGGAAUAGUUGGUUCCUGUCAUGUAUACCUUUGGCAAGCAGAGAAUAUAUCACUAGAUUUUGCGGCAUAGCUGGCAUACUAUUGCGUGGAAUAUGCGCUAUCUGUUUGAGGAUGAUUUUUGACUCUGCUGGAUAAGAAGAGCACCUGUGGUCUGGAAUGGAUCCACAGGUGUUUUCUUGUCCUUGAAUCUUCGUGGUAAUUUAUUUUUUAACAUUGCAUAUUUAUUUUUCUUUUGGCCAACUGUACUAUACGUACCUUGUACUAUCUGGUUAUUACUGCGUGAGUUAUGCAAGUAAUCCCUGGAGGGUGUCUCGCUUGUGUUU